UCUCGAGCUGUCUGCGCGAGUGACUGCUGCACGAGAGACCACAGCGAAAACACUGAGGAGCGCUGGAACAACUCGGCAUUACUGGACAUUAAACGAGAAAAAAAAAACAUUUUUUAUUCAUUUAAUGUACUGAAAAACAACUCGACCGACUCCGUUUUCUGUCAGGUUUUGGGGGCUCUGACAAAUGAAGACAACCGCAAUUAUUCAACGCUGGAGAAAAAGAUCAGGAUACACGAAUAAAUGAGAAACAAGGAGUGACAACAACAACGUCAAUUAAACUGACAACUCUUGAAGAUACAUGAAGAGAAAGAAACUUUUCCCCGCUGAACGGGACAGUUUCAAGUUUGCGCAAGGAUUAAAUCAUGUAUUUCUGAGGUGUCACAUUGGUACCGAGUGACUGUGAGAGGGUCAUUUCUAGUUACCUGCCACCUGGCUGCAGGACAGAUGUCUGAGGAGGAACACAGCCAUAGUGCCAAUCCACCCAGACCUCCAGAUGGAGCCCGACUGGAUAAUCGUCCACUGGAAGCCCUUACUGCCCCAUGCCCAGAAAUGGACGAAUCCAGUGAGCAGACAACACCGAACACCACACUCAUGGAGAAAACAGAAGAGGUGGAGAAUGGCAGCAACAACAACAACAGUUUGUCUCAGCUGGACCUUACCAGUGCUCUUGGCAAAAGCAUAACAUAUCAACCUCAGGCACGGUCUACGCCCAUCCAUCCCACGCUAGCCAACUCUGCUGGAUCAGCGGCGCUGCUAAGGAAUGGCAGCAAGCCUCAGACCAACGGGGUUAAGAACGGAACCUUUUCACGAGCUGCUUCCUCAUCCUCGUGUUCAUCGUCGGCUCAUAAAAGCCCUAAGAAGCUGCAUUCCAACCCUUCCAUCAACAGCCAAAGCAGCAAGAGGAGCAAAGGUAGCUCUAAAUCCAACAGCUCCCAGAUCCCCACAGAGGCCCAGGAUGAUUGCUGCGUCCACUGCAUCCUGGCCUGUCUGUUCUGCGAGUUCCUCACGCUGUGUAACAUUGUGCUGGACUGUGCCACGUGCGGCUCCUGCGCAUCAGACGAAGCGUGCUUCUGCUGCUGCUGCGCUUCCGAGGAAUGCGGCGACUGCGACCUCCCCUGCGACAUGGACUGCGGCAUCAUUGACGCAUGCUGCGAGUCUGCAGACUGUCUUGAGAUCUGCAUGGAAUGCUGCGGGCUGUGCUUUUCGUCCUGAGACUUCUGUAAGGGGCGCGUUGCAUUUCACCGAUUGAGGAUCUGAGAAACAAGCAAAGAAUAAGCUGACCUGAUGAUCUGGAGUAGACGCAAACUAAGCCAAAGACAAUCAGAUGAGCAGAUUAGGCUCGUACAUCACUGGCCCUAACAUGAGGAUCGUUCUGAUUACUUUCUAGUUGCUUUUUUCUGAACUGACCGGUUUACUCUUCUUUAAGAAGAUGGGCUGAUACAGCAACAUUGUUCCUUCUACGUUUUCUGGACUUGAAUGGUUUCAGGAAGUCAAAUGUGUGUUGAGUCUGCCUUGGCAAGAUGAUGAAUGCAAGACGCUGUCUACAAAACGUUUGAGAUCAUGGCUCUUCCUGGUCCAGAAAUAAGGAACGAGUGCUCGGGUUUCAUGCGUAAACGUCAGCGUUUAUUAGUAGUUUGAAAUUGUCUUAAUGCCAGAUUUUAUUACUUGGAUAAAAAGUGUAAUCCACACUAAAAAAGUGCUUGAAUUACAACGCUGAUGUGUUGUAUAAAACAAUUCUAUCUUUAAAACAGUCCAACUUUGAGUUCUCUAGUUCACAUGUACACUACACUCGCAGGAUUUGUACCCUUCAUCUUAAUCAUUCAUUCUAAAUAUCAGCUGUCAAUAUGUACAGGACACUUUCUGUAGUACACUGGUGUAGUCCUUCAGUCACUGGCUACAGCGCUAAGGAUUACAGAUAACAAACUGUGAGUGUGGGACUCAUAGAUACAUGCAAGUGGGAGAAAGACGUGUAUAUUUAAUAUAUGGUGCCUUACUACACUUGUAUAAAAGAUUGUGUGAGUUGACAGUUA